AAAAUACUCUUCCUGAUCUUUUUAAAAAAUAAUUAUAAUAUUGUAGAGAGCACAGUGUUACAAAAUAUAGACGGAUUAAAAUACUAUAUUUAAAAAUACAAUUUCCGUAUAAUUGCAAUGGGAGCUGACAUUGAACAAUGCUUUGGUCAUUUUAUUAGAAAUUGUUUUAAUUUUCUUGUUAUUUUUUCGUGUAUCGUUAGGAAUUAGCUUUAUUUUUUUUAUGUAUUUUUGCUAACAAUUUAAUGUAGCUUAGGUAUCUUAGGGCAUAGUUUUAAGUGAUAUAUUUUUCUAAUUCAUAUGUAACUGAUUAGAGGCUGUUGUCCGCAUAUGUAAUUAUAGCAGAUAGAAUGAGUAUACAAGUGUGUAGGGAUACAUCAGACGCUGUGGCGCUGUAUUUGCCGCAGCGUUUGUAUUUAAAGUCUUUCGCAAAGCUAAACAUUUCUGUCCAGCUCCCUUCCCACAAGGUUCACAACAAAUCGAUUUCCAAUUGGGAACUCAUGGAAAAGUUUCGCAAGAUGGUCCAACCUGAUGCGUUUUCGUUACUGAAAGUGUCGAAACACAGUUCUGAAGUGAUAAGGUUCGAUGCCGAGUUGGAGAAUAGAGGUAAAUUGGAACGAGUUAUGUCACGACUUGACAACCGUGUCGUGCAGUUGAACGACUACCCUGACUCCUUGAAGGUAAGGGUGUCAGAAGCAAAGUGUGAUUUCCCAAGUAGGCAUUCUUGGGACUCCUUCUUUCGUGACUCAACUGAUAUGGACGAAAUGAAGCCAGGAGAACGGCCGGAUACAAUUCAUAUAGAGAACUUACCAAUUCGCUGGUUUGUACAUGAAAAGGAUCAUGACGAUGAUGCUCCUCCGUCGGAAAGUUUAUUUAGGAAGGUUUUCGAGAAGUUUGGGUCCAUUCGACAAGUAGACAUACCAGCUGCGGAUCCUUUUAGAAUGCAAAUGAAGACCACUAUGAGGGGUAUAACCACACCUCCACAGGAUUCCGCUUUGUAUUUCAAUGGCUAUGUCCAGUUCAGUGAAUAUGUAGGCUUUGUGCGCUGCAUGGACGCACUACGAGGUCGGAAAUUAUUAAGAAAACGUGAUGACCUUUCCGAGUGGUGUGGAAUCAGAGUGGACUUUGAUAAGACCAAGCACAUGACAGAUGCAGCUGUAAAGCGGAGAGCCAUUGUUCGUGAGAGGCUUAUAGCUCGGCAACAGAACAAAGAAGAAGAGGAAAGACAAGAGAAAGAGAAGGUUAAUAAGAGACAAGCUAAGGAAAGAUUAAAAGCUGAGAAAGCAGAACAAGAGAAGUUGCAGAAAAUGAGGGAGAGAGAAGAGAGAAGGAAAAAGAAGCAGCUGGCCAAAUUGAUGCAGCGGGAUGAUGUAGAUGUGAAUGGGAAGGUGGCAGAAGAGCACCGCAAGCUGCUCAAGGCCCAGAAGAAGUUGCAGGCCAUAAGGUUGCUUGAAGAGCUCUUUAUGAGAAUAGAGCUUCGUCCAGAGUUGCAACAUAAUGGUAAAGUGCAACACUAUCACGCGUCUAUGCAGCGAGUAGAACGCGCCAGAUUUGUUGAAAACUUCAAACGGAGGCAGGAGGACCUGGUGGACUCCAUGCGGCAUCAGUUCAAACACGCAUUAGACGGUCGUGUUAUCAUACGGACUGCUCUAGACACAAAGAAGCAGGCUGUGGCUUCCUCAAUAAGCUCCAUAUCUUCCGACGAGGACGCCGCCCCCAAAAAAGUAAAGACUGAACGGUUGACAACACCAGAAAGGGAAAUGGAAUACAAUAAAGCUACAGGAGUGUACGGCAUCCCGCCUUACGGCUUUGGGUACCCGUUUCCACCAGUGCCACCGGGGUAUCCGUACCCACCGCAAACUUCCCUGUACUACCCGGUGCGGGGCGCGUACUACCCGGAGGGGGGCUUCGGUCGGCGGGGGGUGCGAGGGGGACGCGGGGGGCGUGGCGGACGGGGCCGGGGGUGCCGCAUGCCAUACUUCGAAGGACCCGACGCCAGCCACCAGUAUUACUUAUAUUUCAAGAAACUCACGCAGGCAGAGAAUCGCAACGAUCACGAUGAUCGUGGCCGGUCGCGGUCGCGGUCACGUCGCCGGUCAUACUCGCGAUCGCGGUCACGUUCGAGGUCGCGCCGGCGGUCAUACUCGCGGUCGCGGUCACGCAGCAGACGGUCACGCAGCCGCCGGUCCAGGAGUAGGAGCAGGCGAUCGCGCUCCAGAAGUAGGAGGUCAAGAUCUCAUCACUCGCGCUCAAGGUCGAGGUCACGGAAACGUUCAAAAUCCAGAAGCCGUAGGUCAAAAAGCAGGUCCAGAUCAAAAGAUGUAUACCGCACGCCCCCACACAGCCGGGAGCGUAGUGUGCGCCCCGAUCCGCAGAACGGAGACAACAAAAUGGAGUCGCCGAGUGAGGUCCGGUCGAGAGAAAGGUCGAAGAGCUGGUCGCUACCGAAAGAAGACCAGCGCAAGUCUUGGUCGAAGAGCCCGAAAGAGAAAUAAUUUUAAUAUAUAUUCUA